AUGACAGGGACACAGGAUCCAGAAACGACGAACGAGCACCGGGGGGGGAAACACAUCGAGCACCGGCGGAAAAACACACCGAUCACCGAGCUGCAGCGGCCCGGGCAGGGAGCUGUCGACCACCGCAGCGAACUGAAGCUCGGUUGUUCUUGUCGAUCCGCGGCGGCGCGGGGGGAGAGGGACUCGACGGGGACAGAACAUGGACCGUGCCGCACCGAGUGGAUUAAACGAGUGGAGGAGGUGGACUUACCGUCCAGCUCCGUGUACCGUUACCCACCGAAAUCUGGGAGUUACUUCGCCAGCCAUUUCAUCAUGGGGGGGGAGAAGUUUGACUCCACCCAUCCGGAGGGUUACCUGUUCGGGGAAAACACUGACCUCAACUUCCUGGGGACCAGACCUGUAGCGUUCCCGUACGCAGCCCCCCCACCUCAGGAACCAGUGAAGACGUUACGAAGCCUUAUAAACAUCCGUAAAGACACUCUGCGGCUCGUACGGUGCAGCGAGGACCUGAAGCUGCCGGGUGAUGAGGCGACGGGGAAGAACAGGGCGUGCUACAACGUCGAGUUCACCUUCGACGCUGACACACAGGUCGCCAUCACCAUCUACUACCAGGCCAUAGAGGAGUUUCACAAUGGGGUGCCAGUUUACCUGCCCCAGGACAGCUCUCUGCAGUCUGAGACCGUGCACUUCAAGAGGGGAGUUUGCCAGCAGUUCUGUCUGCCCUCACACACGGUCAACCUCAGCGAAUGGGCCGACGAGGAGCUGCUGUUUGAUAUGGACAAGGAGGUUUUCCCCAUGGUGGUGCAGGCUGUCGUGGACGAGGGAGACGAACAUUUGGGACACUCGCACAUUCUCCUGGCUACAUUUGAAAAGCACAUGGACGGGAGCUACUGUGUGAAGCCUCUGAAGCAGAAACAAGUGGUGGAUGGAGUAAGUUAUCUGCUGCAGGAGAUCUAUGGGAUAGAGAACAAAUACAACAGCCAAGAAUCAAAGGUUGCUGAUGAUGAGAUCAGUGACAACAGCGCGGAGUGUGUGGUGUGUUUGUCGGACGUGCGAGACACACUCAUCCUGCCGUGCAGACACCUGUGUCUCUGCAACGCCUGUGCCGACACGCUGCGCUACCAGGCCAACUGCUGCCCCAUCUGCAGACUGCCGUUCAGAGCUCUGCUGCAGAUCCGAGCCAUGAGGAAGAAACUCAGUCCUCUGUCACCCACCAGCUUUAACCCCGUCAUCACGUCACAGACCUCGGACUCGGAGGAACACUCGGCGUCGGAGCACAUCCCUCCAGGCUACGAGGUGGUGUCUCUUCUGGAGGCGCUGAAUGGGCCCCUCAACACCUCCUCGGUGGCUCCUCCUCCUCUCCACUCUGGCCCCAGCCACGUCUCUGGAGCGCUGCCUCCGUACAGCAGUGAGCCCCACCCCACCCCGGCUCGCUCCCUCUCCCCUCUGGACCACUCCAACUCCAGUCAGGGACUCAAACUCAAGAAGAGUGGUUCAAAGUCACUCUCCCAGAAUUCCUCUGUGCUUCCCGAGGAGGAGGAUGAGAAGUCCUGCAGUGAAUCGGAGGCCUGUCGCCACAAACUGGCUGUGAACCAGCAGGAGUGUGGAGUGACUCCAGACAGCGAGAACCUGACUCUGUCCUCGUCUGGAGCCAUCGACCAGUCGUCCUGCACUGGAACUCCGCUCUCAUCCACCAUCACCUCUCCUGAAGACCCAGUGAGCAGCAGCCUGGCCCAGUCAGUGAUGUCCAUGGCCUCGUCGCACUCGCAGCACUCCCACAUCAGCACUGACACCAUGUCCUCCAUGUCAGGGUCCUACCUGGCCGGGGCCGAAGGCGAGCCCGGGGGGGAGGAGGAGGAGGAGGAAGGAGGCAACGCGGAGGGCGAGGAGAACCAGGACAUCCCCAUGGAGCGGCGAGGGCCGUCGCAGCAGGACGGGGAGUUUUCCAAACAGCCAAAGGAACAAAAUUACUCAGUGGCUGUCGAGGAGCAGGACUCAGAGGGAAAUGAUGUGACGGAAGAGGACUGCUCCUCCCCAUCUAAUGGGAAAGGUGGGCGGAGCAGGUGUCCAGAGUUGGCCAAUAACAAUCAGGGCGUCGCCCUCUGUGACACGCCCUCUUUGGGGUUGGAUAAUGAGCAGGCUCCCGACAGCCGAUUCGCCGAUCUGAUGUACCUCGGGGGCUACAGGCCUGUUUUGGAGCCCCUCCCCCACCACACCUCCACCAGCAACAUCAACCUGGAGGAGCAGGGGGCCGAUAACAGGGACGGCCAGAGUCCUAAACACCCCCGCCGCGGACCACUCAUGGUGUAACACUCACACACGUACACAAAGACUUAACCUUAAUCCAUCCAGACGUCUGACCCUGUCGUAGUGCUGCAUAGCUGGAUACUGUCCUCGCUGAACAGGGAAACCCCCCCCCCCAACCUCUCGGAACAUCUGAUUGACGUGAAACCCCGUCCUGAGUGGAAAGAGGAGGGAAGAGGAACAAACAGCAUCACCUCUCCACUGAACACUUUACUCUCACCAAGUUUCCUUGACCUUUUUUUUUUUUUUGUCUGUGACCGAACGUGUUGUGGGAAAGAUGAUCCCACUGCGACAUUAUUAUUUAUUACCUGUAGGUGUAACCAAUGAGUGCUCUGUAUCGUGACACUAUCUUUAGAAACAUACAUGCUGCUCCUUUCCUUCCCUCAUUUCUCCUCUCCCCCUCUCCUCUCCUCUCCCUCCUCUCCUCUCCUCUCCUCUCCUCUCCCCUCCCUCCCCUCCUCUCCUCUCCUCUCCUCUCCUCUCCCUCUCCUCUCCUCUCCUCUCCUCUCCCUCCUCUCCUCUCCCCUCCUCUCUAUUACCAGCCAAACAGUCAGGGGCUACUGUGAUCGGCAAUCGGAUUUAUUACUAAUCUACUUCUUCUUCUCUGUUAUAAACUGUGCGUUGAAUGAGUGUUCGGACACUAUAUAAAAGUCAGCUCACACCAGACGACCUUACGUUACCACAGCAAACUGAAAACGUCCGGACCCCUCUCCUCGGAUCGGGGAGCUCCAGUCUCGACUUCGCAUGCAGCUCCCGACUGCUGCUGAUUUCCUUCACCUCUCCAGCCGCAAAUGAAUUUAAAACACGAUAACCAAUUGCUGAAUGUGAAUCCAGAAACUCUCGGACUUGAGAUGAACAGAGAAAGACACGUCUCACAGAAUGUAACGCGCGGAAGAAGGGGAAUGUACGUGACAUCCUACUCGUCACCUGAACUGGAAUUAAACACAAACUGUGAACCUUCGAAGUGGUUCUUUAAAAAACACACCCACCGCGCCGCCCUCUCCUUCUGCAGCUACGUGUUAGCAUGUCCGCUUUUUCUUUCAACUGGAAAUCAACAAGUACCACCAAGCAAUAAAGAUGCCCAAGCUGCAUCUCUUCCUUUUUCCCUCUGCAGGAGGACGCUCACUUACAGUCAAGGACAGACGCUGUGUUUGCACUGGCCUCUUCAAUCAAAUACAGACAUUCAUGUGUGUUUAAUUGUCAUUUUUUAUUUUAAAGGGAUUGAUUGCGAAUGGAACAACAACAGUAGAGAUUGGAGCCACACUGUGGUCAGCUGGUAUUUAGUUUUCUUGUGAUCAUCACCCCGACGAACCCUCUUUACUUCUCAUCCGUGAAGCUUUUAGUUGUUUCGGUUUUGUAUAACUUUUAAUGUAUAGCUCACCUGUUGUUGUUGUUCUCCCGUUUCUGUGUUUUUAAGUUGUUGCAGAACACUGUGUUGUUUAUUGGAAUGUGGAUGAAAACAUGUGAAGCAUUUGUAAAGGUUUACACACUCGCACACACACACACACACGUGAUCUCACAAAUAACUGAAAAGGGACGAUAUCGACAUUUAAUGCAUUAUUAGCUGUUUCCUAGACGACACACGUUGCGGUGCAUGAGGCGAUAGUAGAGUAAGCAUGUUAGUCUAGGUCGGCCUGCACCCUCCUGUAGAAUCCUGAUGGGUCACUGCACACACACGAAGCCGUUUCAUGUCCUUCUGCAGUGUUAACUAAUCGGUUGCUGGCUCCUUCUUCCCUUGACCGAACCGUCGAGGUCAAGGCUACUGCACUAUUAUAUCCAAGCUGCAAACAGUCACGUGAUUACAGUCCGAAUGUGCAGGCGAAGCCGUCCCCUCCGGCACCGGUCGCAGUGUUCAAGCAAAGGAACGGGGUUCUGAAUCUGCAAGACCCCACUUUUUCUAGAACCAAGAGUUAAAAAAAUGUCCAAGAAGAUAUCGAACAGACAAUAAAGAUUUUGCAACUAA